CGCCUGUUGUUGGGGACGCCUUCCUCGGCGGGGGAUGGGUGUGAGCUUGGCAAUUUGCAGACUACGGCGGUUAGAGGGUCAAUGAACCACUGUCGUGGCGCGCAAAGCGCUGAGGCUUGAGAACUUCGAGUGGGGUGUGGGGAACCAGAAAGGGGGGAAGGCCAGAGCCGGGUGGCGUGGACGCUGGAAGGAAGGUUGGAAAACAGGCAGCUACAAUGAGGCUGAAUCAGAACACCGUGCUGCUGGGCAAGAAGGUGGUCCUGGUACCCUACACCUCCGAACAUGUGCCUAGGUACCACGAGUGGAUGAAGUCGGAGGAGCUGCGGCACCUGACAGCCUCGGAACCGCUGACCCUAGAGCAGGAGUACGCCAUGCAGGGCAGCUGGUGUGAAGAUGAAGACAAGUGCACCUUCAUUGUGCUGGAUGCAGCAAAGUGGCAGGCCCAGCCUCGCCCCCCUGAAGAGAGCUGCAUGGUGGGAGAUGUGAACCUCUUCCUCACAGACCUAGAAGACCCCACCUUGGGGGAGAUCGAGGUCAUGAUUGCAGAGCCCAGCUGCAGAGGCCAGGGCCUUGGCACCGAGGCGUCUCUCCUGAUGAUGUCCUAUGGCGUGACGAAGCUAGGUCUCACCAAGUUUGAGGCCAAAAUUGGGCAAGGAAAUGAGCCUAGCAUCCGGAUGUUCCAGAAGCUUCAUUUUAAGCAGGUGGCUGUGAGCAGUGUCUUCCAGGAGGUGACCCUCAGACUGGCAGUGAGCGAGGCAGAGCGGCAGUGGCUUCUGGAGCAGACCAGCCACAUGGAGGAGAAGCCCUACAGAGUUGGGUUGGCAGAGCCCGCAACCGCCACCCCAUGUGAGCAGAACUGGAACUGUCCACUCCCAAGGCCAGACAGCUGCAUGGGAGAUAAAUGCCCAGGGUCUCCAGUCUGCUCCAGGCCGUCCUGAGCCUGCCGUGGCCACCUCUGGCUGGAAGUGGCCAAGAAGACUCCUUCCUACUCCCAACCACAAGCUGACUCUGGUUGCACUGAACAGAUGGCUGGCAUCCAUUGAGGCUGGGGUGGGAGCUGAAGGCUGGAAAGCCAGCCUUUCCCUGGGGCCCUUGCUGAGUAAAACAUGCGUUUAGGCAGCUUC